AUGCAUGUAGUCAAGCAGCCCUGGCGCGACGAACAGCAGCGCGAGCGUGAGGGCCACGUCGAUGCUCAGAAGCCCCAGCAGAUACGACCCUCGCCCGAGACCCGACGAUGCGGAAUACUCUGCGUUGUGGUCGAGCCCGCCGAGCUUGUGGCGGUACACGAGCGACAGCGUCGACCUGAGGAAGCGCGACGAGUUCAGCGUCGCGUACAGCGUCAGCACGGCGACGCUGAUCCAGCUCGGAAGCACCAUGAGGACGGCCAGAAUGGCCACUGUGUCUGUCAGGGGGUGCAAUGGAAUGAGAGACUUGGGCUCCAUCGGUGGAAAAAUGCAAAUAUCUGGGGUCUAUUAAUGCCGGAAAAAUAUGACUAUGGCAGGGGACGAGCGCAACCGUUACAAUUGCCUAUGCACGCCAGGUCUCAGUACAUCAAAGAUGUGAAAUAA